UUAAUUUCAUUUCGUUUUCAGGCAUUCUACGCGGACAGUCGCUUGGAGUUCCAGGACCCCAGCAAGCCAAGAUGGCUGCUCCCGAGUUAUCCGCCGGGGAGUUUGAAAAUUGGUUGAAUGAUCGACUUGACGAUCUCGAAGUGGACCGGGAAGUUUAUGGAGCUUACAUCCUCGGAGUGCUUCAAGAGGAGGAGAAUGACGAUGAGAAGAAAGAUGCACUUCAAGGCAUUCUUUCGGCUUUUCUGGAUGAAGAAACACUUGAGGAAGUUUGCCAGCAGAUCUUAAAACAGUGGACUGACUGCUCUUCUCGAUCUGCAGCUGCUAGCGGUCAGCCAGAUGAUGAGGUCCAGGCCAUUACCAAUCUGAUAGAGAAACAGGCUCAGAUUGUGGUCAAACAGAAAGAAGUGUCAGAAGAGUCCAAGAAAAGGAAAGAGGCCCUGCUUGCUCAGUAUGCCAACGUCACAGACGAAGAAGAUGAGGCAGGGCCAGAGGAGGAGUUAUGUACAGUGGGAAUUCCCAGUGACAAAUCUAGAAUAAGUGAUGGCAAGGACAAAUGCAGUGGUGUCUCAGCGCUGUUCAAAAACACCAACGUUCAGGAUGUGUUGAGCCAGAGGAGGCAGCAGCGGGAGCACGCCAGAGAGGAGGCACAGAAGAAGAAAGAGCAGGACAAGGUACAGAGGGAGAAGGACAAGCUUGCCAAACAGGAACGGAAGGACCGGGAGAAGAAGCGUACGCAGAAAGGGGAGCGUAAGAGAUAGACUCUAGGUGAAAACAACAACAUGCUGCAGACUGCACGGGGCUUUUACUGAGAACUGAGACACCGCCAUGCCUCGACAUACUCUCUGCUAGGCACCUGGGUUGAUUUUUUUUUUUUUUUUUUUUUAUUAUUAUUAUUAUUAUUUUAUUUUUUUUCCUUUCUUUUCUUUUAUUGUGAGUGAAAUACCACUCUGUUAAUAGAUUUUAGUACAGGAUCUGGUUACUAAAGCCAUAGCACAACUAAAUGGUGCUUCUUCAUCCCGGUCCUGUACUUGUUAGGUCGAAGACUUGAGAAUCACUGCAGUGACAGCCAGCCACUGAGCAAGUUUUCAUGAGCCACUGAUACAGAGACUAGAAUUUGAUGACCAUAUUAACAUUACUUUAAUAGCCCUGGCACAUUGUCAAUAAGCAUGAAUCAGUAGGUCAAAACCCCUCUUUCAUCAUUUUGUAAAGUUUUUUGUUUGUUUUUUUAUACUUUUCCAGUCACUCUUAACAUAACUGGUGAUAGCCCAUGCAUGUCAUAAUUAAGAUGCUUCUCAGAGAACACCAACAUACCUUCCCAUUUUAACAGCUCAUUGGUGGCCUCCAGCCACCUCAAGAAAUAUGAAACAGGUGGCCUUUGCUUUUCAGCUAACCUGCUCUAAGCGUUUACAAAACAACUGCAGGCAUUCUUUUAUGUUAAGCAAUAUACAGGGCAUAUUCACAGACAACCCAAAGAAGUAAACUUUGUUUAUAGAUGCAUGGCCUAAUUGGGGGGGAAUUUAUAGCCUUAGCUGUUGUGCAUGUCCUCCAAGCAGUGUAUUGAGGACAUGCUGUUAACAGUUUCUGCAGUAUUUACUACAGAUAAACUUACAUAAAUUUUAGCAGUAUAGCUUAAGGAAAAAAGAAAAGCUGUGGAUAUUACCCCUUGCAAAAUACUUUUCUUUAUACUAUGUGGGCUGGGUUAUGGGUAAAUAGAUAUGACGCCUCCCUCCUUUUUUUAAAUUUGUCCCUUUAGAUCGACAUGUUACAACUGAGGGGUGCAAUUCAGACAGACCUCUUGGCUGACAGAAGAAUGGAACAAAGUUAUAUUUGAAGUGCCAUUACACUUAAUGUAACUGGUAACUUUGACUUUUGUCUGAACUUUUCUAUUUGUCCUCCAAACUUUACACCACUUGUGUAGGAAUUGUUUGAUUUAUGACUCCUGUAUUGACCACUUAUUUUUAUUGAGCAGGAGACCUGGGGCUAUAUUGUGAUCUUUCUCUGCAUUUCCAUAGUAUGUGCAAUGAACUGCAAUGGGUGUAUUUUAAUACAUUUAUGAUAAUAAUCUUAA